AUGGCUUUCUUUUCUGUCAAUCAUCUCUUGGAUUACGAACUCGAUUACGAACUAGCUGUCAGGUGCGUUGAAACGGUUCGUAAUGUAACUGAUAAACGUAAAAUGCUUACUAAAUUAUUGAGGAAAGAAAGAAAUGCUAAUGACCCUGGUUCUCAAGUUCAUUUUGAAGAAUAUGAUUAUGAUUUUAGAACUGAAGAAGCAGCUAUUAAUAAAAGUAUUUUGUCAAUUACUGAUUUAAUUAUUGAUUUUGAGGGUACCGAGAGUGACUCUUCAUAUACCCGAGUUAAAUCUAGGUUGAUUCAAUUAACUGGGAAUCCCAAUCCACUUCGCUUAAGCUCCCACUCUUUGGGAACAAAAGUAGUUUGCUCCGAUCAUUUCGAAAAGGAUUGUUACCUGGCAGAACAAUCGAAGUUAUUAAGACUCGAUGCUUCACCAAAUCGUUUUGAUUGUCAUAAAAGCCCUAACGAUCACUUAAAAAUUUUGACGCCUAAGAGAACAUAUGCGAUAAAAAGGAAAAUCAAUCUAGAUUUAGAGGAUCUUCCAAACAGACGAAAGUUGUUUCACGAAGAGUCAGACGUUGUUUCCCCUUCCAGAUGCUCUAUAACAACUUCUCCAAUACAACAAUGGUCAGUGGAGCCUCUGUCAAUUUAGAUACUCCCAAAAAAUUAAAGAGAAAAUCUAUAUAUUGGGUGUCUGAUAAGGAUAGUGCCGCCUUAAAAAAAACUAAAAGAAAAGGUAGCUGCAUUGAAGCAAGAAGUGACGUCGUUGAAAUCGCGAAAUUGGAAAAUGAAAAAAUAUCACCAGAAGCGAACAAGUCAUAAUCUCCUUUAUAGUGUAUUGUCAUCUUUUCAAUUCACAUCCUGACAACAAAAAACCAUUACAUUGUAUAUGCAGUUUAAGAAAAAAAAAAAAAAUGGAGUAUAGCUGAAAAACAAUUUGCCUUAGGUUUAUAUUAUAGAGCUCCCCAUGCUUACCGGCAUCUAUUGCAACGGGAAAUUAAAUUGCCCUCAGUUGCUACUAUAAAAUCUUGGAUCCAAGGCAAUACAUUUUUA